AAGGUGUCUCCUGGUAUUAUUUCGCGAAAGUCGAAUAAUGAGUACUGUACGAUUACUGCUGGUGGUAUUUGCCAUCCAGCUUGUAGCUGGAUGGCGCCAAGAAGGAGGGCCAGGGAAAGCAUUGGAUGGUUUGGAUAAGGCUCAAAAACAUAUCAUUAACGGUCAGGAUGCCGAUAAGAACGAGUAUCCGGGUAUGGUGCGAAUAAAAGCGGACGGUAUAGAUCAUCUUUGUGGUGGCUCUCUUGUCUCUACAACUGUAGUACUCACAGCAGCACACUGCGUCACUAUGGAGGACGGAUCUGUAGCUCCAGCACAAAUGGGAGUCCUAGUGAUGGGUGAUCACACGGGCAGUAUCGGAGAAGCAGAGGAGAAAAGUUACAGACCGGUGCGCGUCAUCGUACACGAGGAGUACCGUAUUGAUUUGACAGGAAUCCCGAUCCACGACCUGGCAUUGAUCGUACUGUCUACGGAGGUUGACAUAAACGCUGGAAUAAUCGACAUUAUCCCGGUUGCGGAGAAAGCAUACGUAGAAGGAUCCACUGUGACAGUCAUAGGGUGGGGAGUUGACUCAGAUGAUGAUGCAGAUAGGGAUGAAUUCGGGUAUCAUCCCGCUGCUGAAACCCUUCAAGAGUUGGAAUACGUGAUAGGUAACCAGGCCGAAUGUAAGCAAUACUGGAAAGGUGGGUAUGAUGAGUUUGAUGCUGUGGUCCAAAAUUAUGAGAAGAUAGACAUUGAUACGCUAGCAGAUGCGUUUGUCUGUGCGAUAGAUGAUGAAGGUUUAGCAACUGUAUGGAGUGGUGAUUCAGGAGGCCCCCUAUUUCAGGAAGUUGAUGGAACAAUCACACAAAUCGGCGUGGUAAGCUGGGGUACUGGUGAAAUAACAGAAAGAACCUACAACAUGUACGUGAAUCUCUACCACUAUGCUGACUGGAUUAAGGAGGCGAUGAAACGUGCAGAGGAAAAGUCCUGGGUAGAACUACACACGGGUGGAAGCCAUGGUGUGGUGAUGAUGAUAAACUUGUCCCAGGAUGGUGAUAAAGAAUUCACAACCGUUUGUAACGAUAACGUUGGUGCAAACGAGGUCAAUGCCAUUUGCAGAGGACAGGGCUACCAAUUCGGAGCUCUCGCAAACAUCAGAGACUACGUCUCUGGUGGUAAAAGGCAACGAAGUGAGAUGGGAGAUCUCCCACCAUUCGGGCACAUAAAUAUGAAGUGUAACGAUGAAGCCAAAGAUGUAAUGACGGAUUGUGCAAUGGAUAAGUACGAAGACUCUGAAGUACCCUGCUUUAACGGACAACAACUGGCCGUCAAGUGUGCUGACGAAAAAUGGGACUUUAAGAUUGUUGCCGUGCUGCCUGUUAUGAAGAGUAUCAAAAGGUCAAGCUUUGUCAGGGGAAGAGUCAGUUGUAUGGUGCAUGCUCAGAAAGAUGGAGUGGAUCUGGACAUGAAAUCUCAAGUAAAGGUUGGACUCGUCAAGAGAAACGAAGAUGCUGUUGAGUCCAUUGGUUCUCCUAUGAAAUACAGGAGGAGUUCAAACAUUUAUGUUGGUAAAUUCAGAACCGAUAACGAAAUCAAGACAGACGACUGUUUGGCUUGCAUCGCCUACAUUGCAGGGCACAACAUCUACACUGUAGGAACACUCGGCCCUGAGGAUUGUCCUGAUGACGACGGACAUUAUGAGGCGUGGGUGAAACUUCAAAAUGAGGGGGGAGAGUAAACUGAAAAAGGUGGUAUACAUUUAUACUUAUAAUAACUCAUUUUUCAGUAAACGUAGUAUUACAUUAUAUUAUAUAGGGAACAUUUAAAUAUGAUAUUUAUGUUUCAUCACAUUUAAUAUCAGAUAGUUGCUUGUUCUAUUUCAGUUUUCAAACCGAUUUGAAAUACACGUACAUGUAUAACACAGCUACAAUAGAUCAGAAAUCUCAAUAUUAUCUGGAAUUUUUCAUUAUAUAAAUUCAAAGAAUGAUGUUGUUGACUGUUGUAUACAGUGACCUAUGAAUAGAUAUUGUUUUAUAAUUAUUCCUCGGUAAAUUUACUU